AUGCAGCUCCUGGCAUCCCUCAGCCUCUGCCUCUGCGCAGGGUUCGGCACCGCUGUCAUUCCAGCGGAGGAAGAGAAUCCAUCCUUCUGGUACAGGCAGGCAGCUGAAGCCAUCAAAGCCUCCUUCAAUAUCCAGCCCAGGAUACACGAAGCAAAAAACCUCAUCAUUUUCCUUGGGGAUGGAUUCGGGAUCCCCACCAUCACAGCCACCCGCAUCCUUAAGGGGCAGCAGCAGGGGAAGCUCGGCCCUGAGACCCCUCUUGCUCUGGAUGCUUUCCCCUACAUGGCUCUGUCUAAGACCUACAAUGUAGACAGGCAUGUCCCUGACAGUGCAGGGACAGCCACAGCCUAUCUCUGCGGGGUGAAGGGCAACUACAAGACCAUAGGGGUGAGCGCGGCCGCCCGGUACGGGGAGUGCAGCACCACGUUUGGCAACGAGGUGAUCUCAGUGAUGGAGCGAGCCCGCAGAGCUGGGAAGGCAGUGGGCAUCGUGACCACGACGCGGGUGCAGCACGCAUCACCCUCGGGAACCUACGCUCACGUGGUGAACCGGGAGUGGUACGCGGAUGCCAGCAUGCCCCAGGAGGCGCGGCAGCAGGGCUGCAAAGACAUCGCCUGGCAGCUGGUCCACAACGUCGACAUCAACGUGAUCCUGGGUGGUGGUCGGAAAUACAUGACCCCCGUGGGGACGCCGGACCCUGAGUACCCCGCCGACAGCAACCAGAAUGGGAUACGCGAGGAUGGCAACAACCUCAUCAACAUGUGGCUGGAGGCACGGCCGGGUGCCCGCUAUGUCUGGAACAAGACGGAGAUGAUGGCAGCUGCUGCCGACCCCAAAGUGAAUUAUUUGAUGGGUCUCUUUGAACCCGUGGACACAAAGUACAACCUGGUGCGUAACACCACCCUGGACCCCUCACUCAGCGAGAUGACAGAGGCAGCCAUCACCGUCCUGAGCAGGAACCCCAAAGGCUUCUACCUCUUUGUGGAAGGUGGCAGAAUCGACCGCGGCCACCAUGAGGGUGCAGCCCAUAAGGCGCUGACGGAGGCAGUGGAGUUUGACUGCGCCAUCGAGCGGGCGGGCACCAUGACAGACGAGUCUGACACCCUCACCGUCAUCACUGCGGACCACUCACACGUCUUCACCUUCGGGGGUUACACCCUGCGCGGCUCCUCCAUCUUCGGUCUGGCGCCUACGAAAGCCAGUGACGGGAAGAACUACACAUCAAUCCUCUACGGGAAUGGGCCAGGAUACCCCGGCCCUGACCGGCCCAAUGUGGACCCAGAAACAGCCAUGCACUUCGAUUACCAGCCACAGGCAGCUGUUCCACUGCCUUCAGAGACCCAUGGUGGUGAGGAUGUGGCCAUCCUGGCCAAGGGCCCCAUGGCCCACCUCUUCCACGGAGUGCAGGAGCAGACCUAUGUAGCCCAUGCCAUGGCCUACGCCGCCUGCAUCGAGCCCUACACUGACUGCCGCCAGCGGAACUCUGGCCCCGGCAUCCACGGCACCCCCCUGGCCCUGCUCCUGCCUGCCCUCCUUCUGCCCCUCUUCCGUUGAUCCUGUGUCCCUAGGGCCCCCCACGGGACACACUCAU